AUGGCUCCAUCAGCGGCACCACUACCGUCAGCAGCAGCAGUGGAGCAGCACCACGAGAGCUUUCGUCGAUGCGUGGACGAUUGGGAUUCUCGCGUGUCGGUGUUGACGCACCAGGUCUUACAUCGGUUGCUGCCACGCCUGCUCCUAUUUGGGAAAUCUCCCGCCGUCAAUCCCCACUCCUUCUCCAGUGCUACUCCUGAGUUCCCUUCCUCCAACGCAGCAUCCUCUGUUGUGGGGGGAACGAUAGCUGAUCAGCACGAGGAUGGGGAUGCGGGUGAAGCUGGGGAUAGUGAUGCGGAGGAUAGGGGGGAUAGGGAGGAGCGGGAGGGCAGGGAUGGAGACGGUGGAUCAGAGGAGAGUCAAGAAGAGAGACAUGAUAGUAGAGGGUUAGGAGGACCAGCUGAGGCGAGAGGUGAGGGCGGUACAAGCAAGAGUGGCAGACCUCAAGGUGAUGACAGCGAGGCGGGGCGGGAUAGGUCCGAGGAGGAUUCGAAAAAAUGCGAGGAAAGUGAUUCAGUGGAGGAGGCUGAAAAGGCGGGCUGGGAGGGCGGGAGUGUAGUGGAAGAGGGAAGGGAGGGAACGGGAGGGGUGGAAGGGGAGGAGCAGCAGCAGGUGGCGCGUGUGUUGGUGGAGCUGCAGGCGCUGGUGCUGGUGGGGAAGGACCUCACAGCUACAAUGGAGGAGCUUCUAGUGCUGCUCGUGACGCUGGUUGGAGGGGAGGAUGGGAGGGGCGCAGGGUGGUGGGAUGGAGGGCUGGGAGAGGGGGAGGCAGAUGAGGGGCUUCAGGAGCUUCUCCGUUCUGACUGGUUCAAAUCGACAGAGUAUUUCACACCGGCACUAGACGCGCUUGCAGCAGGGGCGGCUGUGCUCUUGGUGAUCGACUCGGCACUUGCUGCCAACCCUGCUGUUGCCCGGGGGAUUGCUGCGUACAACAGAAUGCUUCAGGCAGUGCGUUGUAACAUGGAGGCAUACUCCUCGGUGCACAGCGGUGCAAAGCGGCACCAGAAACAAAGAGGGAGAAGCAGCAGAGGUCAACGCGAAGAGUUCGAGCUGUCUCUGGCGGAGCUUCAGGGGCUGCUGAUGAUGCUGGAAGCAGCAAUAGGGCCGCAAGGCCAGGAGGGAACAUUUUUCCAGAGCUGGAAGGAGAGUGCAGCCUGGGCAGUGGGUCCUGAGGCACCUCCCCUCGCUGCUGCAGCUAAGGCUGGGAAAGGAGGAAAGGGGGGCAGGGCAAAGGCAAGUGGGGGGCGGCAGGUGCUGAGCGGGCGGGCGCUGUGGCGGCAGCAGCAGAAGUGGCUGCUGCCGCUGGUGACUCACUUGAACGCCUCUGCUUAUUCUGCUCUCCAUGCCAUCGGCAGCCACUCCGAGCAGCACAACACCCGUCGCCACUUAGCCGGAUGCAUCGCUCUCUUCCUCUCCCUCGCACCCAUAGCAGCAUCGGGCUAUGAGAAGCAACUCAUGAAGGCCACCCCAAGCCUGUUCGAAGCAGUCAGGCUACAUCCUCUGUUACCUCUCGCCGGACCCCUCCCCCUCUCCGCCUCUCUCCCCCCCCUCCUCGCCCUCCACCUCCCCCCUGCCCUGCUGGCGGUUUCCCCUGCGCCCUUCUCUGCCCUGGGGGAGGGGAAGGGUGGGGGGAAGGCGGGAGCAAAAGGGGCAGGCGGAAAGGGGGGGGUGAAAGCAGUGAAAGGGAGUGCAGAGAAGAGAGGGAACGGGGGAGAGAGUGCGCGUGGAGUGAGGGAGGUGUGUGAGGAUGUAUUGAGAGGAGCAUUGGAUCGGGCUAAUGAAGACCUUCCAAGGCUCGCAUCAGCCUUCCCUCCCCUAGCUGCCUCUCUCUCCGCAGCUCUCAGGCUCCCCCUCAGGCUGUCUUUGCAGUGCGAUUCCCUGGAGGAGGCGGUGGGGAGUCAAGUGAAGCUGGUGGAGCAGACUCUUGCCGUCACGUGCAGCGCGAGGCAUCAGGUCCAGACUCUGCUUGAACUGCACGCCAGCCUGCGGGUGUCUCUCAAGAGGCGUCAGAUUGUGCUCGUGGCUGCAGUGCUGCAAGCAAUCAAGCAAGUGGAGUCGGCUCUGGCAGCGUGCCUCCCCUCGCUCUCCCUCCACCUGCCUCUGUACCAGCAGCACCUGCUGCGACAGCUCAACGCAGCCUUGCUGCCUCUUCAGGUGCUUUCAGGCUCUUCUCAGGUGUUUUUCCCAGCUCACGAGCAUGCUUCAGCUGACGUGGCAUCAGCUGCCAUCGGAUCGCCUCCUCUCCUUCCUCUCGACUGCCUGUACCUGAUAGACGCCUUCUUGGAUGGGGCACGGUUGAUCCUGCAGCCGCACACACAGGAAAGGCAUGGGAAGCAGCCAAAAGAGCACACGGGGAGAAGAAGCGGCAGCCGGACCAUCUCGUGGGGUGACGUUUACAGUUUGGAGAAUCAACUGGAGGCUGCAUUGGUUCAGUCAUUCCUGCGGCCGCUCACUCGAGACGUCAUUGCAGACCUCCAUCUGCACGCCAUCUCCCACUCCGAUUUGCACUCCGCCAAUCCGCGCUUCAACCCUCGCAAGACAGGGGUGCGCAACCUGCUGCAGUUCCUGCAGCUGCUGCCCAUCCGCCUGCUCUCCAGGCAGAUUGACAUACAAGCACACGUGACACAAGCACUGGCAGCCUCCCUCUAUAAUCACACUGCAGCCGCUCCUGCCAACUGGAAGCUAGGCGAGGACGUGAGACAGCUAGCGGCCAGCAAAUAUCGGCUGCUUCUGCCACCGAUCGCCAUAGGAGGAGGCCUAGCGUUCAGACUCCACAGCCCCCCCACUUCCACCUCCACCGCCUCUCCCGCGCUUCCCUUCUCAAUCCUCCAUCCUCCCUCACUCGCUGCCAAUCUCCCGUUCUUCGUCUCUGCGUUCUCUUUCGACCUUUCCACCCUAACCUUCCACCAACGGCCCUCCUCCCUGGCCAGCUUCCACGAACCUUCCUCACCCACCCCUUCCACCCGCCAUGCUGACUCAUCACCGGCGUUCUCCUCGCACGGGCCUCAGUCGCUCAAGCUGCGCCAGCUGGCCGCUCUCCUCCAAUCCACGCAUGCCAUGCUGUUCCUCCAGCACGCUGCAACGUCAGCGUGCAAGCUGAUAGCAGGGAAGCUGUCUCACCUGUCGAGGUUGCACGCGUCCACCCUGCCAGCACCACCAGUGGCUCAUUCACUUGCUUACUGUCCCUCAUGCUCCCUCAUGCUCUUCCUCGUUUGCCCUGUCGAGUCAUCUGAAAUUUCUCGUUUCCCACGCCCCCUUCCCUCCUCCCCUUCCCCCCUGACUCUUUCCCCACUUUCUCUCGCAUCCUUCCCUCCCUUUCAGGAGCUGCAAGCCUCAUCUCACCGCCCUUUCCCCACGCUCCCUGCCGCCAUUCCCCCGCUCUCCUUAAUUCUGGCUUCCAAGAAGCAGCUAGCGCAGCAGAGACGAGCAGAUGCAGUGGCGGGGGGUGGCAGGGACGGCCGUGUGGGGGACUUUUGCGUUGACUCACAUACCCUCCUUUUUCACACCCCCUCCCAUCUCUUUCAGGAGCUGCAAGCCUCGCCUCAUCGCCCGUUCCUCACACUCCCUGCCGCCAUCCCACCGCUCUCUCUCCUUCUGGCGUCCAAGAAGCAACUAGCGCAGCAGAGGCUGGCAGAUGCAGUGGCGGGUGGUGGCAGGGACGGCCGCGUGGAGGGAGGCAGGAAUGAUAAUGGGGCCGGCAGGAGUGAGGGAGGGAGAGGAUCGGAGGGAGGGGGAGAGGGUGAGGGGGGCGCAUGGGAGGGGCAGGAUGACGACUGGUUGCCUGAUGAUGGAUUCACCCUGGGAGUGGCUUUCUUGCUCACGGUGGCCAAUCAGCGCCUUACCUUUGAGUCCAUGGACUGGUUCUCACUCGCCCUGCACCAUCUCUCCUUUCAACGCCAAGCCAUGCCCACCAACCCUCCCUCCACUCUCACUCCUGCUGCUGCUGCUGCUGUUGGCGGUGGUCGUGGUGCUUCUGCUGCUGGUGCUGUUGGUGCUGAGAAAGGCAAAUCAGGAGGUGGAGGAGCAGAUGUAGGGGAGGAGGAUGAUGAAGAGGAGGAAGGAGAGGGCACUGGAGGUAGUGGAAGAGGGGUGACUUCUCUCUGGUCCUCCUGGUUCGGAGCUGCGGUUGCAGCUGCCGAGCCUGCAGCUUCGCAGCCGGAGCUGUCUCCCGAGCUGACUCACCAGCUUCGGCAGAGGGAGCGAAUGCUGGCAGGCAUGGCAGAGCAGCUGAGCCUCAUGAACGUGGUAACCAUUGCUGCGCUCCGGCUGUUUGAAUCCAGCUCAGCUGCCACACAGUGA